AAAAGGUAAGAAUUCUACUCCGUACUCCAGUCCUCAACAAUGAUCACUCGUACCAGCAGCCACCGCAAGCAGCUCCUGCUGCCGCCCUUGCUCGUUCACCUGCUCCUCGCCAGCAUCCAGCUCUCCUGCUUCCUCGACGGCACUUUCGGCAACCAAACCGCCAUGCCGCCAGCAAAGGCCCCGUGCCGGCCGGACCAGGCCUCGGUUCUGCUCCGGCUGGGACGCUCCUUCCACUCCACCUGCUCCCUCGCGUCGUGGCGCGCCGGCACCGACUGCUGCGGCUGGGAGGGCGUCGCCUGCGCCGCCGCCGACGGCCGCGUGACGGCCCUCGACCUCGGCGGGUGCGGGCUGGAGAGCGCCGGCGGCCUCCACCCCGCGCUCUUCGACCUGACCUCCCUGAGGCACCUGGACCUCUCCGGCAACAGCCUCAACGAGUCCCAGCUCCCGGAUGCCGGGUUCGAGCGGCUCACGGAGCUCACCCACCUCAACCUCUCCUACUCCGACUUCAUCGGCAAGAUACCGGACGGGGUACGGCGGCUCAGCAAACUGGUGUCUCUGGACUUCUCCAACUGGAUCUAUCUCGUCGAAGGAGACAACGAUUAUUUCCUGCCUCUUAGCGAAGGGCGGUGGCCCGUCGUGGAGCCGGACAUUGGAUCACUGGUCGCUAACCUCAGCAGCCUGAAAGAGCUCUACCUAGACACCGUUGACCUGUCCGGCAACGGGGCAGCGUGGUGCAGUGCCAUCGCUAACUCCACUCCUCAGCUUCAGGUUCUCAGCCUGCGAAACACCAAGCUCAAUGCUCCAAUCUGUGGAUCACUGUCUCUCAUCCACUCACUGACCAAUAUCAACCUGAAGUAUAACAGAUUACAUGGCCAGAUUCCAGAGUCCUUUGCUGACCUACCUUCCCUCAGUGUUCUUAGACUUGGCUAUAAUCUGCUCGAAGGGCCGUUCCCGUCAAGGAUCUUCCAGAACAAAAACUUGACAGUGGUUGAUAUCAGUUACAAUCUCAAAGUGUCCGGCGUGCUGCCCAAUUUCUCAUCGGGUAGUAUUCUGACGGAGCUUGUUUGCAGCAACACGAACUUCUCUGGUCUGAUUCCGAGUUCCAUAAGUAAUCUCAAAUCCUUGAAGAAAUUAGGUGUUGCAGCAGCUGACUUUCACCAAGAGCUUCCCUCCUCACUAGGGAAAACAUCCGUUGCAGCAUAAUUUGAUUUGAGAGGUGGAGAUGAUUACCAUGGCCCGUGGGCUGUGAGUCUGGGCCCAAGAUUAGUUUCGGCAAAACAACUCCCCUCUGGUCUGGGCCGAAAAGCCGAAUUGCCUCCCGUGCAGCAGCAGCAGCAAAUCACGCCCCCCUAAAAAAAACAACGACACGCACACCUGCUGUGCCUGCGACGUGAUCCGUGACGGCCUGACGGGUUUUUUCUCGUGUUGUGCACGGCAAGGGCCGCGACACGUGCGUCAGCUAUCGCUCGGUUCGAGUGUGAUGGGAACAUGAUCGCUGUUGGACUAUAGGUUAGGCCGGGCAGUACCGCAGUAAGACCUCCGAUCCGAGCUGUAGACAUUCACAUGUAUACACCUACUGAAAACAAAUAAAAGGUCACCACCAAGCCGGCUGCCACUGUUCUAAAUAUGAUCCAAGACUGCUCGGUAAUGUACUAAACAAUUAAUCUCUUGACCGAGAGACA